AUGUCCUUCAUCCUCGAGCUGCCGGAUCAAUAUGGUCUCGUGCUCGCGGCAGCCACUGCCACCUUCUUCUUGAACACGGUCCACGUCGGCCGUACUAGCAAGUUCCGCAAGGCUAGUGGUAUUAAGUACCCCAACGCUUAUGCCUCUACCGAGCAGGCCGAUAAGGACCCGAAUGCGUAUCUCUUCAACUGUGCCCAGCGCGCCCACGCCAACUUCACAGAGAACCAGACUUCCUUUCUUGGUGCCCUUCUUAUCGCCGGGGUCCGUUAUCCCGUACCCGCCGCGGUGCUUGGCUUUGGCUGGAACAUCUCGAGGCUCGUGUACCUCUUUGGUUAUACCAGCUCGGCGGGCCCCAAGGGGAGGACUGCUGGUUCCAUUGGCUCCGCUAUGUGCGACCUUGUUCUCAAGCUGAUGUCUGCUUCCGUCUCGGCAAUGUUCAUUCUGGGGAAAUGA